CCUGUGUAGGACCUGUUCACUACCCACAGGAUCACCAUGGGGACAACCAAGGAUACACCGAUAUGGAGGCUGAUAUGCCUGGCACUACUGAUCAAAUCAACACAAACAGUGAGCCCCACMACAAGUGUAACAAUCAUCCCGACAAUGAUCACAACGAUACCCACACUUUCAGGAGUGAAUGCCUCACACAAUGACCAGGUCUGCAGCACAUGGGGUAACUACCACUUCAAGACCUUCGACGGGUACUUUUUCCAGCUCCCCUCCACCUGCAACCAUGUUGUGACCUCACUGUGUAAGAGCAGCUAUGAGRCUUUCAACAUACAGAUGAGGCGGCAGGUGGUGGACAACCAGCCCACCAUUAGCAAGAUCACCAUGAAGCUGGAUGGUGUAGUGGUGGAGCUAUCCAAGGGUGUUGUUGUGGUCAAUGGGCAGACGGUGACCCUGCCGUUCAGCUUGUCUGGAGUCAGCAUCGUGAAGACUACAUCUAAUGUGAAGGUCGUAGCCAAACUGGGGCUGGUUGCUGUUUGGAACAAGGAUGACUCCCUAAUGAUUGAAAUGAACGAGAAGUACAGAAACCAGACCUGCGGACUCUGUGGUGACUUCAAUGAAGUCCAAACAUACAACGAGUUCAUCAUCAAUGGUGGGAAACUCUCUAGCUCUGACUAUGGAAACCUCUGGAAACUGGAUGGCCCUCUGGAAGUCUGUGAGGAGCCUAUGCUAACUUCCGCGGAGAGUUGUGGAGAUGAGGAAUUUUGUCAGCAGCUACUCUCCAGUGCAGCUUUCAGUAGCUGCGCUAAUUAUUUGGACAUGGACUCCUUCAUCAAGACCUGCCUUGCAGACCUGUGCCACUGUGAUAACAGCACCAACUCCUUCUGCCUGUGCAACACCAUCUCAGAGUACUCCCGUCAGUGUGUUCACGCAGGGGGGAAGCCCCAGCAAUGGAGGACUGAACAGUUCUGCUAUAAGACAUGCCCCUACAACAUGGAGUACCAGGAGUGUGGAAGCMCCUGUGUUGACACCUGCUCCAACCCAGAGGCCAGCGAGUUGUGUGAAGACCACUGUACAGACGGCUGCUUCUGUCCUCUAGGUACUGUUUUUGAUGAUGUCAGCAACAGUGGCUGUAUUCCAGUGAGCGAAUGCCUUUGUGUCCACAUUGGACAAGUAUACAAAUCUGGAGAAUCUUACACCAGCAACUGUAAAGAAUGCACCUGUGCUGGUGGUCAGUGGGCCUGUACAGACAAGGACUGUCCUGGGACCUGCUCUGUGGAGGGAGGAACCCACAUCACCACCUAUGAUGGGAAAGCCUACACCUUCCAUGGGGACUGCUCUUACAUUCUGACCAAGCAAUGCAAUGGAACUGAAUUCACCGUGCUGGGAGACAUUGUGAAGUGUGGGUUGACUGACACUGAGACGUGUAUGAGGGCUGUUACCCUWGCCCUCUCCAGCAGAUCCACUGUGAUCCGAGUCCAGUCAUGUGGAAGUGUUUUUGUAAAUCAGAUUCUUUCUCAGCUCCCACUCAAUACAGCUGAAGUGACCGUCUUCAAGCCCUCCUCAUUCUACAUUGUUAUCCAGACAACUCUUGGAGUUCAACUUCAGAUCCAGCUUUCACCAGUUAUGCAGAUCUACAUAACUGCCAUCUCAUCCUACAAAGGAACAACCUGUGGCCUUUGCGGAAACUACAAUGAUGUUCAGGCAGAUGAGUUCAGAGUCAUCAGUGGAUUGGUGGAGGGCACAGCUGUAGCUUUUGCCAACACAUGGAAAACCAUGGCCAGCUGCCCUGAUGUCAAGACUAGCUUUGAAAACCCCUGCAGUUUGAGCAUCGAAAAUGAGAAAUAUGCCCAGCACUGGUGUUCCAUGUUAUCGGAUCCUAAAGGAGUGUUCUCCCCUUGCCAUUCUGAAAUAAGACCAGACACCUACAAAACCAACUGCAUGUAUGACAGCUGUAACUGUGAGAAAAGUGAGGACUGCAUGUGUGCUGCCGUCUCCUCUUAUGUCCACGCUUGUGCUGCCGAGGGUAUCCAGCUCAGUGGCUGGAGAGACACUAUCUGCAAUAAAUUCGCCACCUGUCCCAGUCAAACAGUUUAUACCUACAACAUGACCAGCUGUGGACGCACCUGCCGCUCACUGAGCAUGACAGACCAAUCUUGCCAGGUGAAGUUUGUUCUGGUGGACGGCUGUGGCUGUGCAGAGGGCACCUACAUGGACGAGGYUGGCCAGUGUGUUGCCCCGACCAACUGUCCCUGCUAUGACAAGGGCUCGGUGGUCCCUGCAGGAGAGACUAUCAGCAGAGACGGUGCCACCUGUACUUGCAGACAAGGGACACUGAGUUGCACUGGGGGAGCAAGACUAUUUAUAUGCACACUGCCAAUGGUUUUCUUCAACUGCUCAACUGCACCUCCAGGAGCUUCAGGUUCAGAGUGUCAGAAGAGCUGCAAAACUCUGGAUAUGACCUGUAUCAGCACAGAGUGCACAUCAGGUUGUAUGUGCCCCACUGGACUGGUGUCUGAUGGGAACGGAGACUGCAUCAAGGAGGAACUUUGUCCUUGUUCUCACAAUGGAGCUACUUACCAAGCUGGAGAGACUCUUAAGGUUGACUGCAAUACAUGUACUUGCAAGGACAGUCAAUGGCAGUGUACCACACAUCUUUGUGAUGGAGUUUGUGCAAUCUACGGAGAGGGUCACUAUAUCACCUUUGAUGAGAAAAGGUUCAACUUUAAUGGAAACUGUGAAUACACUCUCAUUCAGGACUACUGUGGCAAUACUAAUGGCAGUGGCAGCUUCAGAGUUCUCACUGAGAAUGUUCCUUGUGGAACUAAAGGCACCACCUGCUCCAAGACCAUCAAGCUCUUCCUGGGGACCAGUGAGCUCAUAUUGGCAGAUGGGACCGCUCAAGUUGUCAGGAGUACUCCACAAGAGCAGUUUCCUAAACAGAUCAGCCUUCUGGGGAAUUAUCUGGUUAUUGAAGUCAAAAGUGGUCUAAUCCUCAUGUGGGACAAGAAGACCAGUCUCUUUAUCAAGCUUAGCCCACAAUACCAGGGGCAAGUGUGUGGUCUGUGUGGAAACUAUGAUGGCAACGCAAACAAUGACUUCACCACUAGAGCCCAGGCGACAGUUGUUGAUCCGGUGGAAUUUGGAAACAGCUGGAAAGUUUCAUCAAGCUGCCCAAGUGUAUCUGCUGUAGUGCACCCAUGUGCCUCCAACCCGUACAGAGCGUCUUGGGCCCAGAAACAGUGCAGCAUCAUUAAGAGUGAUGUCUUCGCAGCCUGCCAGAACCAGGUGGACCCCUCUCCUUACUACGAUGCUUGUGUGAGAGACUCAUGUGCUUGUGACAGUGGUGGAGACUGUGAGUGCUUCUGUACCGCAGUGGCAGCUUAUGCAAAGGCCUGCAAUGAAGCUGGAGCAUGCGUAGCCUGGAGAACCCCUCGAAUUUGCCCACUGUUCUGUGAUUACUACAACCCCACUGGAGAAUGUGAGUGGCACUACAAGGCAUGUGGAGCUCAGUGUAUGAAGACCUGCAGAAACCCUUCCGGAGACUGUUCUAGUUUAAUUCCAGCAUUGGAAGGCUGCUAUCCUAACUGUCCUGUGGCACAACCUUACUUCAAUGAGGAGACAAUGAAGUGUGUGGAGAGGGAACAAUGUGGCUGCUUUGACUAUGAAGGAAACCAGUACACCACUGGACAGAAUCUUCCGGCACAAAACUGUGAAACAUGCAACUGCACAAUGACUGGAGUGAGCUGCAGUUAUGAUGUCAAUGUUUGUACAUGCUUGCAUAAUGGUAAACAACAGCCAUAUGGAGCAAUCCUCUACAAUACAACAGAUGGGAUUGGUAACUGCAUAGUUGCUGUUUGCGCCGCGAACGGAACCAUUACCAGGAACAUUUCCCAUUGUCAAGUGAACACAACUCCAGUACCAACCACAACUUCCCCUCUGACCACAACAACAACACAGGCCUCUACGACAACGCUAAAGCCCACAACUGUCUUCCACUUUUCAACACCUGAACCAACAUCUACUUCAACUUGGUCUUCCACAACAAUGGAGAUGACCCCUAAAAUCAGCACAAGUUCAUCAUUAAAUCCUUCAACUACAACAUCAGGAGCAAGUACAGUCACAAUUCCAAAACCGACAACUGUAACUACAACAACUAUGGUACCCUCAACAAGUGGAAAAGUAGCUACAUCGACCACAGCUGAGACUUCAACAAAGGAAGAAACCACAACUGAGAAUAUCACAUCCACAAAUCCACCGAAAGAAGUCACCACCGGCCCAACAACCACU